UACGAUUCGUGCGCGUGUAGUGUCGGCGGACGGAACUCAAGUUUAGUCCGCGCCUCGGGAUUCGACACGGCUCCUGGGUGUACGAGCCAACAGUGAAAUAACGUACGGAGAAAUCGUUUUAACAAGUAGAAGAAAAACAUACAAAGACGGUAUACAAGUUCGUUUAAGUGGUGCGUUUGUUUCUUUUGGAUACGGAACGGAUAAUCUUUUUUUCUUUGCGAUGCUCUCAUUGUUGCCGUUCAUCGUGCCGAUUCUCGACGGUGAUCGUUCGUAGAUCGUGUCGCUGCACUCGAAGGUAUAAGAAAACAUAUAGUGACGACACGGAAAAAGUAUUGUUUGUGAACUUAUCUCGUUCGGUGGAAUUUCAAAAGAAAAGCACGGUUAAAAAAGACAGAAAGUGCACCGUGAAAUCGUGAAGAGACAGAAAGAGAAAAAGAGAGAGAGGGAAACGGAAGAGAGUUACAUUAAACGUCGCGUACUAUGUGGGACGUCGCGUCGAGUGACAUUCUAGCCUGGAGACAAAAUGGGGCCCGUUGAUCGGGCCCGGAAGAUCUCAGGGGUCCGAUUAUCAACGGAGGUAUGGAUGUCAUCGGGGACGGGGACGAGCAAACCCUCCAGGCGAUUCUCGGUCGGAGCGAUUUCGUCGGAGGCAUAGACAAUGAGGCCCUGGACUUCUCGCAGUUGGAAGAUUUUAUCAACAGCGACAGCGAACAACCGGCCACAUAUUUCGCGGAUACCCUUGCCCACAAUGAGAACGGGGGUGGAACGACGACUCACGGUGGUCGUGUGGAGGCGGCAACCACUCAACAACCACCGUCUCGAUUGCCAUCGCCGAUUACCCAAAGUCAUCCGGUCUCGAGUACGUGCACAUCCGCUACCACCACCGUACCAAACGGCGCCGCUUACAAGGAUCCGCAAUCGUACGUUCACCCACAUGCAUUACCAGAAAGCCCACCAGACAGUGGUAGCGAGCCACCAUACUCUCCACCAGGCCACAACGAUACCCAACAUGUACAUUCACCGCACCAAAAGGUAGCUCUUCAAGAAAUGCUUCUCCACCACCAAGGGAAUCAGGCAAAUUAUGCUCCAAAUUUAUUACCUUCCUCGCCAAGAACCUUAACAUCCUCCACGGAUCCGAUGCUAUUAACUCAUACAGUGCUGACAUCUCAUCUCACCUCAGGAACGCCCAAUAUUCAAUCUCAGCAACAGCAAAUAGGUCAGACUUUAGUGCCCUUACCGCACGAGCAUAGUCCUGGUAACAUUAACACGUUGUACUCGUCGCUACAAUCUGCUCCCAAGAAGAGAAAAUUGAGCCAGGAUGGUCUUGUCCAUGUGAAGCAGGUGCAACGAGAACCUGAACUAGGAACUGUAGAACACAGUUGUAGUAGUAGCAGUGCAGUUCUCGAUGGCGAUGAAGUGACGGAUAAUAGCUACAUAGACGCCAGUUACCAGUGUAUCCGAUUUCAUCCCUUUCAGCAGACAUCCUGGCAUGUUCUCUGUGAUCAUAAUCUGAAAGAACUUCCAGUGCCCCAUUAUCGGGUGGAUGCGGAUAAAGGAUUCAAUUUCAGCAACUCGGACGACGCGUUCGUGUGUCAGAAGAAAAAUCAUUUUCAGAUUACUUGCCAUGCUCAGCUUCAAGGUGAAGCGAUAUUUGUCCGUACUGGUGAAGGAUUGAAAAAGAUAAGCAGCUUUCAAUUGCAUUUCUACGGUGUCAAAGUGGAGUCACCGACACAAACGAUCAGAGUCGAGCAGAGUCAAAGCGACAGAAGCAAGAAACCGUUUCAUCCGGUGACAGCUGCUUUCAGGGUGGAAUUAGGCGGCGAGCGUGUUACAAAAGUAACCGUUGGCCGUCUUCACUUCAGCGAAACAACUAGCAACAAUAUGCGAAAGAAAGGGAAACCGAAUCCCGAUCAAAGAUAUUUCCAUUUAGUUGUUGGCCUCCACGCUCACACUGCUGAUCAAGCCAGUUACCAAGUGGUAGCUCAUGCAUCGGAGAGAAUAAUCGUUAGAGCAAGUAAUCCUGGUCAAUUCGAGUCUGAAGGUAGUGGCGUAGGUGCAGAAGGUGGUUGGCAAAGAGGAGCAGCACCGGAUAGCGUUUAUCAUGCUGGUCGAGUGGGAAUUAAUACGGACAGGCCUGACGAAGCUCUAGUUAUUCAUGGCAACAUGAAGGUGACUGGCCAUAUUGUCCAACCCAGUGAUGCACGUGCAAAGCAAAAUGUACAGGAAGUGGACACGCGUGAACAAUUGCGGAACGUGCAACAGUUGAGAGUGGUUCGUUACAGAUAUGCACCGGAAUUUGCACAGCAUUCUGGUUUAGGUAUCAAACAGCAAGAAGACACGGGUGUCAUAGCGCAGGAAGUGCAACAAAUAUUACCGGAAGCUGUAUUACCAGCUGGGGACAUAGUUCUUCCAAAUGGUCAGAGGAUCGAAAAUUUCCUUAUGGUAAACAAAGAAAGGAUAUUCAUGGAGAAUGUGGGUGCUGUGAAAGAACUGUGUAAAGUAACAGAUAGUUUAGAAACUCGCAUUGAUCAAUUGGAACGAAUAAACAAGCGAUUAGCGAAGUUGAAAAGAGGAGACAGUCUGAAAAGUUCGAUUAGUACAAUCUCUAGUAUAUCAAGUAACAAAUACUCAUCCUCUAUCAAUAGUAAGGCCACUGUACAGGGGAAAGGGAAAAAAAGCGAGCGGGAAGAUGAAUUUCUAUGCAGCAAUAAAUUUAUCCAAAUUAUAAUUGUUAUACUUAUUCUUAUCAUGGCGUUUUGCUUAGUUGCAAUGGCGACAUUAUACUUUUUAGAAUAUCAAAAACGUAGUAGCCUUGAAUGGACAGCGGUAGCUAGUAAUGGAAUGUUGGCUAUAAGACCAGCUCAUCCAUCAACAGCAUCAAGUACACCUAAUUAUGAUUCUCGAUAUAAUUCGUUGUUAGACAGUACGUUAUCGUCUUUGUAUACUAAACAUGGAUCCCAUAGUAGAGGUUCCGAUAGUAGUUUGUCCGUGAAAACGAAUGCAUUUUCCACGCAAGCGCCUCACACGAAACAGCAACUUUAUUCUCAAGAAAUUACUUGGUAUCCUAUUAGUCAUUCUGGACCACAGCCAAAACUUGAAAAGAAUAGUGAAUUUCCUGGAAAUUGGUUAAGUAAAAGUGGUGCCGGUGCUAUUCCUAGUAAUGUAGAUGAAAACGAUCAAGGAUCGGAAGUGGAUCCAUCUGUAAAUAAAGGUCCAAUUCCAUUGGGUAGACCAUCAAAUUGUCCCAGACAUUUUAGCGAAUUUGAAAAUCCAUGUCAAAUAUUCUGUUGUACAGCCAAAAUUCAUCAAUUCGAGGAUCCUCAACCAGAUCAUCCUCCAGAAAAAAAAUCAAUUUCAGAUCAUAUAGAACAGCCAUUAAAUGUUUAUGAGGAGAAACGUAAAAUAAGUAAAAGUUUCCAAAAUGGUAUUAGUCCAUCCGAUCCAAGCACGCAAACACUUGUAAAAGAAAAUAAUUAUAAGUAUUUACAUAAAAGAACAAGAAGAGAAACCAGUAGUGGAGAUUGGACGGAAGUUGCUAGUAACGCUGCAGGAUCAUUACCACCAGAACCAAAACCACAAUUGUGGAUAGUGGCAGAAAGCUUUAAUACAUCACUUGAUCAAAAAUAUUGCUCUGCAAUUUCCCAAGAUACACCAAAUAAUAUAUCUUGCAUCAUUCCUUUAUCCAAAUACAUGCCAGAUGUUCAACUUACAUUACAUUUUAUUGGAAUGUCUUGGUAUGGACAACUAGUGCAACAAUGCUCUUCAUCAACGAAUCCUGGUAUUGACGAAACUUUAAUGUGUAGCCGGAAAUAUACAAUGCAACAACAAACUCAAUUGAAGGUUGAUAUUGAAAGUAAUAAUCAGCGGGGAGAUCAAUCUUUUUCUCUUGAUGUUGCUCAUUAUCUCAGGAGAACAUUGAGGUUUCGGAUACCUACUGUACAACCUCAAGAGAAUAUCUGUAAGAACAAACAUGGUAUUGAUUACUCGGAAUACACGUUGCACUUCUAUCGAGAUUGUGAAGAAUAAUUAAUUUCUUAACAAUACGAUUUCAUAAAAAAGAUUUUACGUUUCUGUUCAAAAGAUUGUUGAAUAUCUACACAACAGGACCUUCUUGUGCCUUCGUAAUAUAUUUUGUCUUCACUUUCUUCAAGUAUGAAAUUAUAUACUUACAAUAUGUUUGGUAAUAUAUCUAUAUACAUAUCGUCAAAUAAAUCUGUAACUGUAUUUUAUAUAUUAUUAUAAUACACCAUAUAGUAUAACUGUUGAUCAAUAGAAACGAACUCAAGCAGUAGAUAUAACGUAAUAUUUAGAAUUAUCAUUUCACUAGUUAAAAAAGUAUAUGUGCUUUUUUUUUGAAGACAUACAGAACGUGAAUAGUUGAUGGGUGGUAUUAAAUUUUUUUUAUCAUUUUUUUCUACGAAAAAUAUGAAAAUAAAAUCAAUGAUAAUUAUGAUAUUGUUAAAUGUAAAAUACUGUAUAAAAUAAAUUAAAUUAAUAUUAAAGAUUUAAUUUUAAAGUUGACUUAAUGCAUAUAUACAUUUUAAAUAUGAAUUCUCUCAAAUCACGCCCAUCAACUAUAAUUAAAGAUUAACGUUCCGUUCCAAUCAUUUUUACCUUAUUUAUACUCAUGUACAGAAUAUUGUUAUUAUUAUCAUCGGAUACAUAUUCGUACUAUAUUAAGAAGAAAAGAAAUUAAUAAUCGAUGUUCCAGUCAAAUCAUAUUUUGAUUUUAAUUUAUAUAUUCUGUGUACAGUAUACUUCAUUCUAUUUCAUGAUUUACAUAAAGUGAACUUCAAUAAAAUUUGUAAUGAAGUAAAAAUUUUAAAGAUUUUGAAAUAAUUCAACAAAGAAUAUCUAUUUGUACAAAAAAAUAUCGAUUCAAUUGAUUAAUUUCUUUCUUAAGAUCUUUUCAUCUUAAAUUUCAUUUAAAUUUGACGAAAAUUCACAUUAUCAUAGAAUUUCAAGUUCCUAAAAAAUAUUUAUAUAAUAAUUGUUCAUUUUAUAUAGUAGAAUUAAUUUCAUACAUUUUAUUUGCACUUACUCUUUAAACAAUUAUUCAUUGCAUGCGAAUAGAUUAUCAUUAAUAUCAUCAAAUUAUUAUCAUUAUUGUUGCUAAACAUAAUAUCUAAUAAGACUACUAUUAUCAUUAUUUGUAAUUAAAUUCAUAUAUAAACUAGCAAUUUUCAUUUGCGAAAUUCCAAAUGUUAUCUUGUUAUUAAUUAUGUUACUUUUAAAAGUCAUGAAAAAAGGAAGAAAUAAUAUUCUAUACACAUAUAGAUAUAUAUUUAAUAUAUAUAUAUAUAUAUAUAUGAUUACUAAUGUAUUUAUUUUUAAGUUAGAUUAAAAAUGGAUUGUCGUAUAUACUUUUUAGAAAUCACAAUUUAUUUUAAAAUUUCUUUCAUAUAUAUUUUUUUUAUAUUAAUGAAAUAAAAUUUCAUUUCUUUAGUAAAAUUAUUAUUCCUUUAAUUUUGUAUUUAUAUAUAAGUAUAUACGACCGAAAAUAAAUAAUGCGCCAUUUCUGCCGUCCAUAUGUUUUCCUUACGUGAAGACAUCUUACUGUAAGUUUUAAGUGAAUAUUGAAUAUAAUAACGUACAUAUAUAUAUAUAUUUUUACAAAAGAAUAAGCUCUCACACGAGUUUAUCUGAAUCAUAAAUCAUGUAAAAAGAAGACAACGCUAUUGUACAGUAAUUAUAUAUAAUUGAGACAAGAAAUUCCAUACAUAAUAUAUAACAUAUUGAAAAAUUAAAAAUCAUGAUUAGUUUAAUAGUAAUGUAAGAAAUAGAAGAUUUAAUUCCAAGUUAUUUUCCAUAAUUCCAUUCCAUUUUUAAUAUUUUAUUCAUUUGCAAUAUAAUUUCCUGUUUUUGUGAACAGAUUUAUCACAGAUAAAAGAAAAUAAAAUUAUUGAAUUUUGAAUAUUAAUAUUAUUGUAAUACAAUUAUAUAAUUUAUACAAUUAAUAUAUAUAUAUGUAUAUUUAAUAUAUAUAACAAACGUGCAUAUGAUAUUACAGUAAUAUUAAUUCUUCAUUAUAUAUAUUUGUUUAUAAUUAUUUUUAGAAUAAUUGUACAGAAUCUGUUUAAAAAAGGAAAAGGAAAAAGAUUCUGUAUAAAACGCAUAUAAUGAAAAAGGAUAUUAUAUAAUUUUUUUUUAAAGAUUUUAUGAAUAAUCGAUAUUUGUAUAUUUUUCAUAUUCAUUUGUGGAUUUUUUAAAAUAUUUUAUUUGCUUUUACAUUCAUUAUCGUUUAUUGCAUUGUUGCAAUGUAUCAGAACUUAUUAUUGUUUUAUAUUUUAAUAUAUACCGAUUGUUAUCGUAAAGAAACAAUUUACAUAUUUAUACAUUCGAUUUAUCUUGCAGGACAACUUCGUUUGAAGAUAUUAUUUUUUAAAUAAAAGGAAAAUAAAGAAAGAGAAAGAAAAAUGAAGUUAAUAAUAAUAUUACAAAAUAUAAAGCAGAAGUUUUCUAAUAUUCUUGAAUAUAAUUUUUGAAAUAAGAAAUAAAAAAUGUCUAUAAGGAUAACAUUUCAUAAAAAAAGAAAUUUUUCUUUUAAUAUAAGUAUGAUAAUCUUGUAAGUUUUAAGUAAUAUCAGUAGGAUUUGUACAUAUAGUUCUUAGAAUAUAAUGAUGUACAUCUAAUGAUAAAAAUAUCAUUUAAAAAGUUUUUUGUAGAAUGUUCGUUUUUAAGUGAAUUAAAAAUUAUAUGUAAUUAUACAUAAUUAAGGUUUUCAUAAGAAAUACGACUCUUAUCUAAUUACAAGCAUAAAGUCUAUAGUUUUAUGAUUGAAUAUAAGUAAUUUUAAUGGAACGUAAUUACUUAAAAUUGUAAUACUAUAAAUAAUAUUAACAAUGAUCAUGUAAUAGAUAUAUAUAUAUAUAUAUUGUAGAUAUUUUCUUAAAGAAAAUUUAAAUUGAAGAACAAUUAAAAAUGUUAAAGUAUCUUUCUGUCUUUUUGAUAAGAGUUUUUUUUAUUAUGAAUACUUUAAUUAUAAUUUCUCUGAUUGAGGAAGAUAAAUUACACCGGUAUAUAAAAUUUCUUAAUAAUAUUAUAAUUGGAUUAUUCGAUCUUCGACGUUUACGAAAUAGAUAAGUCAUUUAUUUCAAAAUUUGAUAAAAAGAUAAUAUUUAUCAAAAAUAUAAAAAUUAAAUUUUUAUUCAACUUAAAAUAAUUUUUAAGAAUUUUUUAAUUAAAUAAUAACAAUAAUUUAAAUUUUUUUAAAUUAAAAAUUAAAAAGAAACAAGUGUUUUGAAUAAGCUGGAAAAAAGGUAAAAUUUGUAAAACUCAAAAUAUUCAUCAUUGAAAUUAAUUUUAAUAUAAUAAACUGAAGUGAAUAUGACAGAUUUGAAGAAAAAUAUAAUAAAAAAAAAAAAAAAAAAAAAAAAAAAAAAAGAAAUAUUGAUCGUAAUCAAUAAAUAAAUUGAACGAUUGACACUAGUCUCAUUAUACUCUGUUUUAAUAUAACAUGUUUCUCUUUUUUAUUAAUGUAUAUCUAUUCAUAUUCUAUCAAUGUGAUGAUUUAAUCGUCGUUCGUCGAAUAUCGAUUAGAAUUAUUUAUGUAUAUUUGAACAAAAUAAAAACGAAAAAAAGGGAAACGCAUGUAAAUGUUAUAUUCAUAUAUUUAUGAACAUAUUGUUAAGACAAAUACUAUAUAUAUAAAUAUACAUACACGUAAUGAAUCUGUAUUCGCAGGAAAAUAAAGAUAUUGCUCCAGAAAAAAUA